AUGGGUUCUGUCUCUAUGGCUUCAUUGAAUAGUCUUCCAAAUGAACUCUUGGCCCAUAUCUUGUCCUUUUUUUCAACGAAAAAAGCUGCGUCAACCUCAGUUCUCGCCAAGAGGUGGAGGACUUUGUUUGCUGUCCGGGAUAAUCUCGACUUUGACGACUCCGACUUUGUCCACCUGGAAGUGGGUGAACAGGACAUGGACAACAUUCAAGAGAGUUUCAGGUCUUUUGUGGAUAGAACAUUGGAUAUGCAAGGUGUUGUCCCUCUCAACAAGUUCUCACUUAAAUGUGGAGAUAAACAUGGCGAGGAUCAUGUUGAUCGCUGGAUAAAUAAAGCCCUGGAACAUGGUGCCGUUGAGCUUCAUCUACUCUUAACCGAUGAUAUGCGGAGUUUUUUGCCAUCCAAGUUAUUCAUCAACAAAACAAUGGUGAAGCUAACAUUGGGAACAGAACUUAGCAUCGAUACCAUUCCUCCUGAUACGUUUCUUCCAGUGCUUAAGAUCCUCUUCCUUGAUUCAGUUUGCUUUGAUAGAAGAGAGUUCUUUGAUUUGCUUCUUGCUGGUUGCCCUGCACUUGAAGACUUAACCAUAGAACACAAGUAUUUUCCAGGGACGCCACAAGUCAUUUCCUGCAAAACCAUCAAGAGACUCUCUAUCAUCUCUAGAUUCGAUGAAGAAGUUGAUUGGUUUAGCUUUGUAUCACUUGAUGCACCAAAUCUUGUCAACCUCAUCUACUCUGAUUAUGCUCGCCGUACGUACCUUCGUUGUAAUUUGGAGUCACUUGUCAUAGCUACACUGGAUCUUCAUUUUGUUGAACAUGUCGAUCUUGAGGUGUCAUUUGAACCGAAUGUGACGGAUCUCAUGAAUGCGGUAAGCAACGUCAAGGUCCUUCAAUUGACAGGUUCUGCUGCUGAGGUGAUUUUGAGAUGCUGCAAAGGUGGACUACCCGUGUUCAAGAACCUCCUUGGGUUAGUGUUUUUAGGUAACAGUGAGCGAGUUUGGAAAGAGCUACUGCCACUUCUGCUCCAGCAUUCUCCAAACCUAAAUAAUUUGUACCUCUCGUCUCUCAUGUUACCUUAGGGUCUGGAUCGUUGCACAUAUGCACAUGAGUUCGAUGGGAUUCGCAUUCCCACAAACAACAAAGUAACAAUGUUGCGCAUCUCAUGUUAUGGAGGCACUGAAAACGAGCUGAAGCACGUCAGCCAUUUAUUACUGACGAUGGAGCACCUCCAAGUGGUGGAAGUCUACAUUUUAAAGACAGUGGCUGACUCCAAAAAGGUGCAACUCAUAGAGGAUUUACUGAAGCUGCCCACAGAUUCAUCCAGUCUCCUGAUGAUGAAGAUCAUUUGAUCAUCAUUAUCAAUUUAUCAUUUUGGUCAUUAAACUAUGGCUUCUUGAACUUGGAUAAGUGUCUUUCUUAUAUUAU